AUGGGUCUGGCGAUCUUGCUUCUUUUGAUAUACGCCACUGGCUCAUUUAAUUCACAUAUUGUGGGUCUCACAGUUGAGUGUAUCCUCCUUUUAGGGAAACUUUUGGGAUCCUUCUUGGGGAAAUGUUCUGGAAGUAUAAAAUCCAUAGUCAGGCAUCCAGAGCUCCCAGUUAUAGCCUCAUGUGGUUUGGACAGCUAUUUACGCAUUUGGGAUGUCAAGUCAAGGCAACUUCUGUCUGCGGUUUUCUUGAAGCAGCAUCUUAGCAGUGUUGUUUUUGAUUCAAAAUUUUCUGCCAGAGAAAUUCAGGUACCUCCUCAGCAACAAGAUACAGAUGAAACAUUAGAGAUGGAAGAAGAGGAAGUGAAGCCUGUUAAAAGGAAGAAGGCAUCAAAAGAACACAGUGGAAGCAAGAAAGUGAAGACCAAGAAAAAGAGUAAAAGGUCAAAAGCAGACAAUAGCGAUGCUGCAUAAUAAUUUUGAUUCCUGGAAUCCUUUUAUUCUCGAUCACAUGUUAACUUCGCCAGUUCAACUAAAGGGCACCAUACCAUACACACCAGAACGCGGUGAUAAGUAGUGUGAAUUCAAUGACUUGGCUGCAUUUGUAUGUGCAAGCAGACGAAGAACUUGAGUAAUUGAAUGCAUUGUUUGCUAAAUAUCAGCUAGCCAGUUGGAAGCCAAGUUCCAGUUUUUUUUUUUUUUUUGAGGCAAGCCUGAUCAUCUUGUUUAGUCUCUGUAAUGCUAGAUUAUGUGGAUAAGCAAAUUUUGUGGAUUUCAAUUUCCAGAGGCACUUUGGAAGAGUUUUUCAUUAUGCAUACAACUGAGUUGGUUUA